AUGCCUCGAAUUUCUCUCUCCCUUUUCCCCUCCUCCUCGCCCUUCCCUCUUGCCUUCUUGACUUCCACCAACAACCCUCCGACCGGGGGUCUCCUGCAGCGUCUUCGAGAGUCGUCGUCGUCGUCGUCUACGGCGGGUAGAAAGGAAUUCUCUCUCUUCUGGAUUUCCAUGCCUGUGCUGCCUGUUUUGCCUGACCUGACCUUGUCGUGUGCCUCGCUCGAUCUCACCUGGAGUUGCCUCAUUGCGGCCAUUUCCGACCGAGCGCUCCUCGAUCCUGCUACAACCACGCCGCCUCGAUAAUACCGCCACCACCAUCAUCACAGAACUACCGUUCACCUUCAUUUACGCCCUAUCCCUCGUCUCAAUUUCCUCGCCCUUUCUUCUUCUUCUUCUUCUUCUUCUUCUUCUUCCCCUUCCCCCCCCCCCCCUCCUU